AUGGUUCCAGAGGCUGCUUACUCGUCUGUAUUUGAUUUCGAUAGAAGUGUACAUACCUCCUCAGAACACAUAGGUUUUUUAUUUUAUUUUUAUUUUAUUUUUUUAAAUUCCCCCCCCUUUUUUUCUUUUCUCUUUCCUUUGUUUUGGCUUUUGAGUAUCCCUUUCGUACGAUCUCAAUUCUAUUUGGACCUUGAAGACAAGCUCUUAUCUUUCCAUAUUGCUCUUCAAGUAUACUAGGGCAUGUCAAUAGUAGGACUCUGAGAAACGGGUGAAAGAUAUGCCCUCUUGUUGAACAGCAGCGCCCAUACAUGCGAUCUCUCAAUGUUUCGACUCAGGCGAAUACUUCCAAAUUCUACAUUUCAUUUUCGAGUCAGCCCACCCUUGUCUCGGACCUCGAAUCUCAACAAUGUGCGCCAUGUCAAAUUUAAACGGCCGUGGUUUAGGAGAUUUCUUACGACAUUUUUUAUUUAUGGUACCGCAUUUCAUUUGUGGAGUUCGUUCGUUCUCCUUCAGUUUGAUGAUACGCUAGACGAUGCCGAUGCCAAACAGGAAGGACUCUCUGGAAAGGCAGGUGUGGGUGAAAAUCAAAAAGAUGAUACGGAGGGGCGUCUUGAGGACCCUGCGAGCGGAACGAUAGAUUCUGAUCCUGUUUUCAUUCCAUUGGGCUGGCCACGAUUACGCAAAGGUGAACUAUAUGCAGCAUCGGACCAGGAGUGGCAAGAAUUUGUUAAGAUCUCGCGGGACCGAGAAAAGCUUCAAUGCCUGAGAGAUGAGCUGGCAUCCAUCGUUCAGAAAGAUGCCUCCCAGUCUGAACUACUGUCGCGCGUGCUAGGGGGCCCCCUUAGCGUGACAGGGUUCUGGCUAGUGCAUCAUUUUCCAUCUCGCGCUCCCCCUGAUUACAGGCGCUCAGGGUUAGAAUUCACCGACGGUGGAAUGUCUUGGGUUUCAAAACCUAUGUCCCUGGAGGAUGGCGACCGUCUUCGGAGGUGUGUACAGCCUUUAUCUGUGGCACUUGCCAUAAAGGAUGCCUAUAUGAUCUUGGUGAAAAGACAGCUUUCCCGGCUCAGUAUUACAGGGUUAGAGCAAGAACAAGCCCCAGGCACUUCAAGUCUACCGCCCCAUAAGGCGCUAUCGUCCGAGCUUCAGCCCCUGGACAAGUUGCACCCCAUGCAUCAGUCCGAAACACAUUUGACUCCGCCUACUGGUUCUCAGGAGGGCACAUUGCGAGACAAAGGCGGCGCUGACCUUCAUCCCUCUCUAAUUAUCUCCACAUUACAGCGCUUACCUUUACCAAAGUUUGGUCCCGGGUCUGAUCUGUACGCAGCCUCAUUAGCUUUUAAGAUGCGGCUGAAGGACGGUUGGGCCCAAGAACUGCACCGUCCUCGGCGUGGCGGGUUCUAUUUUAUCGGCCCUGUCGGCUUGAAAGGCCCCAGAGGGUUUUGCAGGGUUGAAGUAAAAGGUGAAUAUGAUCCAGCAACGGCCAGUUGGUCUUUGAUUUCGAUGCAGCUUAAGGAUGUGAGCAUAUUCAACCAAAAAGCGCUUGGUGGCCCUUAACAACGGCUGUCUAUCUUUCAUUUGACAAAGUGCUUCCUGAUUCAA